AUGGAGUUGGCGAUGGCAGAGCUCCUCCGCCAGUCCGACGCCAUCACCGCCGCCACUGACGAGUUCGACCACGUAGUCGGCCGAACGCGCUGGGUGACGGAGCGUGACCUCGCCGACCUCCCCUACAUCGAUGCCGUCGUGAAGGAGACGAUGCGGCUGCACCCGGUGGCCCCCUCCUCGUCCCGCACCACGCCAGGGAGAGCUAGACACGGGAAGAUCAACCAUUUACACGUCCGUUUUCUCCGUCCCACAAGGAGGCGGCGGCGGAGGCGGCGGACAGCGUGGGAGCAGUGGGCAAAGGCGACGGACGGCCGGGGGAAGCAGGCGGCAUCGCACGGAAGGGUUGAAAAGAUGACAGGUAAUCUAAGAGGUGAUUGCUCAACAAGGUCAAAGAAAAGGAAGAAGGCUUGCAAAAAUAGUGGAAACACAAGAAAAUUGCACGUGGAUAAAUUUUUUGAAGAGGGGUUUGGCAACUUAAGGAGUUCUGGUCAAGGAGCAUGGAGUGAACUGAGUAAAGUAGCUGUGUCAAACUUAUCUAAAAGUGUUGUCUCGCUGGCUUCCUUUGAUGGAGCUACGAUGCAUUGUGCAUGCACAGGCAUAGUCAUCAGAAAUGAAAAAUUUGGCAUGAGUUACCUGACUUCGGCUAGCCUGAUUAGAUCUUUUGAUGAUGACAGCAAGAUCAUGCCAUUUGUGGCUAUUGAAGUGCACCUUCCAAAAAAUCAAGUUACCUAUGGGUGGUUUACAGACUAUGAUUUGCAAUACAAUAUUGUUGUUAUCGAAACCACGUACUACCCUGGUCUUCAAGCUAUCAAUUUUGAGCAUCAGCUGCAAUUUGAGUCUCACAACAAGGUAGUUGCUGUGGGCCGCUGCUUCAAGUCAGGCAAAUUAAUGGCCACAAGUGGGAUGCUGACGGAUGAUCCAAGUGGAGUUUAUUGCAAAGAACUCAUGAUCUCCUCAUGUGAAAUCACCAUGGUUGGGGUUGGAGGGCCUCUUGUUGAUUUGGAUGGGAACUUUGUUGGCAUGAAUUUUUAUUCGAAGGAAAGGACACCAUUCCUUCCAAUGAGUACUAUUAUCAAAUGCCUGGAGAAUUUCAAAAUUCAGGGUAAGAUUAAGAAACCUGGUAGCACAAGUGCAAGGAGCACAAAUGAGAUACCAGAAUCUCCUACAAGCGAUGGGUCCUUUUUGGGAGACUUGUUAGCAGGACGUUUUGACAAUUGCCAGAAUCGUUUUGGUAGCUCCAGAGUGGAAGGUGAGAAUAAGCAGCAGGAGUCUUCUAGUGAUUCAGAAGAAGAACCACCCAUUGAGAUUAAACCUUUUGAUAAAAGAAGGUCGAGUUUCUUGCCAGUUGCUGAUGGUGAUGAAUUUAAGAAAGCUUUAAUGAGGGAUCUAAUUGCUCAAAGUUAUCCCUUGCCAGAUGUCCUUGAUGGAGGCAUGCAUUUGGUUAAUACUUUUGAACAUGAAUUUGCCAAUGAUAUCUGGAGUAAACUCACAAAAAAGGUUGCUUCAAGCAUGUCCCGUAUUGUUGUCUCCCUUGCUUCAUUCAAUGGAGAAGAACGGAUUUUUGCUUGCACAGGAAUAUUUAUAGGCUGCAACGAAUCCAACACAAGGAUCCUGACCUCAGCAAGUUUGGUUAGAGUUUCUGAUGACGAAAACAAAGUGGAUGAUAACUUGAAGAUUGUUGUACACCUUCCAAACAAACAACAAACUAUAGGGACAUUGCAACACUACAAUCUGCAUUAUAAUGUUGCUAUUGUCAACAUCAGAGGUUUCCGUUGUCUUCGUACAGAAGAAUUUCAUGAUCCAGGGAAAAUUGAGCCUGGUAAGGAGGUAUUAUCCAUAGGACGUAUCUUCAAUUCAGGCAAAUUAAUGGCCACAGCUGGAGUAUUGACCGACAAGCAAAGCAAACUUGACUGCAAGAAACUUAUGGUUUCCACAUGUAAAAUCAGUAAGGCUGGGAUUGGAGGGCCCUUGAUUGAUUUUCAUGGGACUUUCAUUGGCAUGAACUUCUACCGUAGGAAAAGGACUCCUUAUUUACCAAGGGAUACAAUCAUGGAAUUAUUGAGCUAUUUUGAUGGAAAAGGGGAUGUCUCUGCUGAGGCUAUGGACAACCAAAACAGAAACAGGUGGCCUGUGCCUGAGAUACGCUGGCACUAUCCUUCUUUCUCCGAGCCAGAAAAGAUAGAGAUUCCUAGAUAUGAAAAAUAUUAAUUUAUCGCCAUGGCUAUCUAGUCUUGAACUGAACCUAAGUUGCUAUCAUCUUUGGAGUGGCGAGUGGCUUUCGAUCUUUGACAGAAGACUAUGGUUGGCUGAGUCACUUUAUUACAUGUUAGAAUAAAUUUUAGAUGACUUACCCAUGGAAGUGUGCAAAGAUUUUGAAAAUAUGCCCAUCUUCUUCACUCUCCUCUCCUCUCUUGUGUUCUUGCUUGGCUAUGUUUUUCACUCUCAAAUGGCUGCUCACUUGCUCUCUCAAAGAAGGCUAGGGUUUUCUUCCCAUCUCAAAGGAUGAUGCAAUCUCAAUCAUCCAUUCUCACAUGAAUCAAUUGUUCAGAUUUACUGGACUAUUGGGCUGUAAUGAGCUAAGGAAAAGUGGUCCAUACGGAAAGAAUUAGCCCAACAAAUAUAUG